AGUCUCCUGACAUCAUGGUAUGAGCCCUCUAUCUCGUUCGAAUGUGUAACUUUGCCUGAUUACAACACCCAGGUUCUAUUCAAAAGAAAGCCCGUUCAGUAUUUGUCUCCUCCCAAGGUUGAGAAUGACGAAACAGAGGUCUGGGAAAUAAAACAGACGGGAGAGAUAUUCAUAGACUAUAAUAGUUACCUUGCUCGAAUGGAUUUUUACAAGCAGCGGCGGUUUAUUUGUCAAAUCACUGGACACUCUGGAUUGUCGUUUUUUGAGGCUCUAAAGAGUGAGCUUGCAGGUGCCCAGGUAGUCGAAGAAGCCUUUCCAGAAGCCCUUAAAGGCCCCAUACUUCGGAGAGUUCAGUUGCAGACAAUCUCCAGAAUCGAUACACUUGUCGACUUGAUUUAUGAAGAGUUCCGCGCUGAUUACUAUCCUGGAGAGGCCGUCACCGUUCAUGUUAUGACCGGAGAAAAAUUAACUGGCAUCGUCAGAGAUAAAUCGUCAUUUGGUGCAAAGAUACUGCCAGACGGUACAACAAACCCAUCCUUCUCCAGAUAUUUUGUUAGCCUCGACGGCCGAUCGGAUGAGGAAGCAGUAGUAGAUGACGCGCACAUCUCCAGAGAUCGUAAGAUAUUCACAAAACAGGUCUUGCGCUCUUUUAUUAGGAAGACGGUAUCGAGAGAAGCAUGGAAUGGUGCUCCAUGGCUAGUUCGGAAUGAUGUUGCCAAACAGUAUCAUAUAGAUGUUCGAGUACCACCACACCUUUGCUAUGAAAACAAAUCAAUGGAAAAAAAAAGCAAGAACAAAAAUCUCAAAAACAGUUCAGGAAAGUUUGGAACAUUAGAUAACAACACAGAAAAUUCUGGUCUCACUGAUCCGCUAAACGAGUUUAAACCAAGAGCAAAAUGCCAGAAAUUAAACCAACAAAAUGGCCACUUAGUUCCUAAAAGCAAAAAAGCAACAAAGACCCUUGUUUGUAGAACCUCAAAGGGGUCGCAACAGUCUCUGAAUUUAGUACGAAAAUUUUCUACAACUUCUUCGCCUCCUGAAGAGCCACAGAAUACUAGAAUUGCAUCCACUGCAGUUCCUUGCGACUCGAAUACAUCAACAUCACAGUCAAAAAUGGCGCAGCCUAUUGUAAAAUACCCAAUAGAAGACUUAUGUUUACCUCCUCGUCUAGAAAGACCAACGAGACCUCCAUUAAAAUUCUUAUCUGACGACUGUACAAUAAGUGAUACCAGUUCAAAGGAAAAAAAUAUAAAAAUCUUAACGGAAUCAGUCGGCCUUCUCCUCCAAACAUGGGUCUUUUUGAACAUUUAUUGCGAGGUUUUAAUAUUAGACUCAUUUACGUUCGAUGACUUUCUCGAGGCUAUGAAGUUCUCCUCACUAGAUGAAGAGUGUCAACUACUAACUGAAAUCCACUGUGCUGCCUUAAAGAUGCUGGUAGCCUCAGAGAUUGAAGGUGGAGAUAUCUUAGUUCCUCUCCCAGGAAUGGGUAAAGAUGGGGGAGAAAAUGCUGAUGAAUCUAUUUCUACUUCUACAAAUGUUGAAGCAGAGCCUGAAUUAAAAGUUCGGUCAACUCGAAGAACUUAUCAAAAGAUAGAAAUACCUCCAGAAGGAAAAAUUUCCCAUCGAGCGGCUGAAAUGCAGGCAGGUAUCAACUGGAUCGAUAGGCUUCGGAAACGUGACUUUAAGUAUGGGGGCUGGCAAAUCAUUGUCAUAGGACUAUUAUUUCAGCUCUCAAAAAGCUCUCGCCAUGCAGACAUUUGCGAAACCUUGUUACAACAACUCGCGCCACUAGAACGAGACCCAACUCCUGAGACAGCCCGUCGACAGUACGCGUUACUAAACGUCAACCAUCGUGCACAGCUCCUCGAGAUCAUUUGUACUUUUCUUGCGAACACUAAAGCAGCACGGGCAUACAUGGAGGAAUGCAGCGAGCAGAUGACGUGUUUUAGAAAAGAAAAAAUACAAUGGCAGCGAGAUCGAAAGCAGUAUCUCGAAGAACUUCGAAUGCUCAGUGAUGAGAGAAAACUCUUAUCGCCUCUAGACUCGUCUCUAUCUCCUUCAUCCGGAAUCAAUACCAUAAGUGUGAUUGUUGAAAGUAAAGAGAACAUUGGGUCUAUCCCAGACGAAGUAGCAGAUACUGAAGAUGAAUUAAAAGAAGUACGUUCACUUCGGAGCGGACAGGAUCAAAUAAUGCAACGAAAAAGAAAUCGUGAAGCUCAACGGGAGAAAAAGAAAAAAGCAGAUCUAGACGCUUUACUUUCUAACAACGCCAAAAAGUCUGCAAAGUUGGCAAAAGACAUCCAAAAAAAACAAGAGCUCAUCACGAAAUGUGAGAACGAAAUUGCCACUCUAGACAACGACUUGCGGGAAGCAGACUGCCCCAGAGUUCGUAUCUUAGGGAAAGAUAGAUUUUACAACCGUUAUUACUGGUUCGAAAGAAAUGGUAUGCCUUAUGGUGGCCUACCUACUAGCUCAACUGCACACGCCAAGUACGCGAACGGAAGAUUAUGGGUUCAAGGACCAGAUGAAAUAGAGCGCGAAGGAUUUAUUGACUUGGGGCCUGAGCUGCAAGGUAACUAUAGGGACAAAUAUGGUAUGACUGUUCUAGAACGUAAGAAUCUUGAGGAAGGGCCCACCAGUGUUUACAACACUCAUCAAUGGGGCUACUACGAAGAUCCGGACUCGCUUAAUUCACUCAUCACCUGGCUUGAUACCCGAGGAAUCAAUGAGCUAAAAUUACAUAAAGAAUUAAAGCUCUACCAUGAUCAAAUAUCCUACAACAUGAAGAGACGUAGCGAAUAUCUCCAAUUAGAUAAAUCCGAACGUUCUGAUACUAAUCGUAUUAUGACUCGUCGGAUGGAUCUCUCUGAAUCAUCCGCUAACCGACUAUCAGCUUGGAAAAACAAUAUAGCGUACACAGAAAUCGGCCACUUACACUCUGAUGAGCCCCGAUCUCGAAAUUCGACGAGGAAAUUAGCGCCUCAUAUUUCUACUUCUAGUACUGAUUACUCUAAUAAAAAUGAGGUUAAAGGAAAGAACAAGAGAAAUCUUGGUCGAUAA